AUUGAGCGAGAGAAAGAGAGAGUAAACACUACAUGUCUGACCAUGACGAAGUAUGGAGGACACAGUAGAAUUAAAAAAUAGAGGUGGGGGCGGAGGUGGACCGAUCAUGGUGAAACUUCCGUUUUCCCCUCUUCGAGUUAAAGACCAUGCAGCCCUGCGUUUCAUGGAUCUCACACACACAGAGAGAGAGAGAGAGAGAGAGAGAGAGAGAGAGCUUCUUGCUCCCGAUAAAAGUUGUCGAAUACUAUUUGCCAAAUUUCUCAAUAUUUGUAGCUUCCUGUCCCCCCCUCUCUCCUUCUAAAAGCUUUGCCUCCUCUCUCUAUCAAGUGAUAGAGAGGGAUCUAUUGUUUUCUCUCUUAAUUUGUUCAUUUGUUAUUGUUACCAUUACUACUGGUUGCUCCCUGAGUUCUUGUAUUAUCUCUCUCUGUGGAAACUUGAACCCUUUCGCUAAUUUUUCUAGAUAUGCAGCUCCCUUCCCCCACUCUUUGCGAGAACUUUUCUGCUAUCUAUCACCCAGCAAGAGAGAGAUGAACCAUUUUGUCUAGUGAGGAAGCAAAUGUCUUUUGCAGUUUCCUUUAUUGGGGCGUGAAGUUUUUGUCUGGAAGAAGAUGAGAAGGAAAGAUCCCAGACGUCACGGUAGAGCGAGGUUCUCUAAUGGGGUCCUGGGCCUCUUCGUGUUCUUUGUGAUCAUCGUUUGCAUUCUUUUCGUGGUCCACCAUCGUCAGGAAGAUGGAUCUGCGUCCCGCCAGAUGCAUGCAAUGAAUGAAGAUGCUUCACAUAGAUCCUUGAAUCUCAUGGAAGAGAUGCUGAGUGCCACUUCAUUUUCACGGCAGUUGGCUGACCAAAUAACUCUUGCAAAAUCAUAUAUAAUUAUUGCGAAAGAAAGCGAUAAUCAGCCCCUUGCUUGGGAGCUAAGUUUGCAGAUCCGAGAAGCACAACUUUUACUGUCCAAGGCUGUCACAAGAGAAGCUCCAAUCACACCCUAUGAAGCUGAGCCUAUUAUCAAAGGGUUUGCAUCUUUAAUCUACAAGGCUAAAGAAGCUCACUAUGAUACUGCAACUACAAUUAUGUCACUGAAAGGGCAUAUUGAGUCUCUUGAAGAACGUGCCAAUGCUGCUAUUGCACAGAGCACUGUAUUUGGACAAUUAGCUGCUGAGGAAUUACCAAAGAGUCUCUAUUGUCUUGGCAUCAAAUUGACCCUUGAGUGGACCAGAAAUCCUUCGAUUGAAAAACAUGCAAAAGAGCAGAAGAACUAUCCCCAAUUUAUGGACAACCACCUCUACCACUUCUGCAUAUUUUCUGAUAAUAUAUUGGCCACCUCAGUUGUUGUAAAUUCUACUGUUUGUAAUGCUGAUCAUCCAAAGCAGCUUGUGUUUCACAUUGUCACAGAUGGCAUCAACUACAAAGCCAUGCAGGCUUGGUUUUUUUCCAACGAUUACAAAGGAGCAACAGUUGAUGUGCAAAAUUUUGAGCAAUUCAGUUGGUUGAACACUUCUUAUGUUCCAGUUCUGAAACAACUCCAUGAUGAUGAAGUACAGGCUUUCUACUUCAAGGGUGCUGAAGAGUUGAGCAGUGAACUCAAGUUUCGCAACCCCAAAUACCUUUCUUUGCUGAACCAUUUGAGAUUCUACAUACCUGAUAUCUAUCCCUCAUUGGAGAAGGUGGUUUUCCUUGAUGAUGAUGUUGUAGUCCAAAAGGAUCUGACCUCUCUCUUCUCAAUUGAUUUGCAUGGGAAUGUGAAUGGUGCUGUGGAGACAUGCCUUGAGUCCUUUCAUCGUUAUUACAAGUACCUUAAUUUCUCAAAUCCUGAGAUUAGUGCAAAGUUUGAUCCACAAGCUUGUGGAUGGGCAUUUGGCAUGAAUAUAUUUGAUCUCAUGGAAUGGAAGAAAGCUAAUGUGACAGGCCGAUACCGGUAUUGGCAAGAGAAGAAUUCAGACCAAAUGCUUUGGAAGCUGGGCACUCUGCCUGCUGGUCUCCUUGCAUUUUAUGGCUUGACAGAGCCCCUUGAUCGCAGGUGGCAGACCUUGGGUUUGGGUUAUGACUCAAAUAUUGAUAACCGACUGAUAGAAAGUGCAUCUGUCAUUCACUACAAUGGCAACAUGAAGCCAUGGCUUAAGUUAGCAAUUAGCAGGUACAUUCCUCUUUGGGAGCGAUAUGUGAACUUUGCAAUUCCAACUUUGCGUGAGUGCAUCGGGCACUGAUUCAUCAUUGGUUAGAAGCCCAUUUUGUAGGACUUAUUCUUGAAUCCAGAAUGCAACUGAAGAACUAUAUGCAAUUGCAUGAACAUUGGAGAGUUCAAUUGUUUGAUUCUAUUGUUCAGAAGAUAAGGUGAAGGGCCUUCAGAAUUCUUUGCCUCCAAUCAAUUUUUUGUAGCAAUUGAUUUUAGUGGAUAUACAGCAGAUGCGUUAGUCAUUUUUUCUGUAACUCUAGAGAUUAUUAGAAUGAUAUGUUGGUAAAUGAAAAUUUUGCUUGGGUUA